AUGUUUCGACUUCCAGAAAUCUUCGAUCCUAUUCUAGAAAUGGCAGGGUUUAUAGCUGCCUUAGCGAACCCUUUUAACUAUGUUGGCGGAAUUACUUUCAAACCCGACAAAGAUAUCAAGGACUUAUCUGGAAAGGUUGUGCUGGUAACAGGAGGAAAUGCUGGCCUCGGCAAAGAGACAAUUCUGCAGCUGGCGAAACAUAAUCCAAGCAAAAUAUUCAUGGGUGCUCGGUUAGAGCUGAAGGCUGCAGAAGCAAUACAAUCAAUCAAGUCAUCUCUUCAGAGUGAUGUUGAGAUGACUUGGCUUUCAUUGCACUUGACACUUACCGAGUCGAUCCAAAACGCCACUAAGCAAUUCAAAGCUCAAUCUCAGCGACUAGACAUACUGAUCCUAAAUGCCGGCGUCAUGGCUUUACCACCAGGGAAACAGAGCUGGGGCACGAAAUCCAACUUGGAACAAACCACACCGGACACUUCCUCCUCACGAAACUCCUACUACCAAGUCUGCUCGAAGCAGCUGAGAGGCCAGACUCAGAUGUUAGAGUCUUGA